AUGAUGGCCUCUGUCAUUGCAGGGUGGCCCUUUGACAACAUCACAUGUAAGACAAGCGGCUUGGUGCAGGGCAUGUCUGUAUCGGCUUCCGUUUUUACACUGGUGGCCAUUGCUGUGGAAAGGUUCCGCUGCAUCGUGCACCCUUUCCGCGAGAAGCUGACCCUGCGGAAGGCGCUGGUCACCAUCGCGGUCAUCUGGGCCCUGGCCCUGCUCAUCAUGUGCCCCUCGGCCAUCACGCUGACCGUCACGCGCCAGGAGCACCACUUCAUGGUGGACGCCCGCAACCGCUCCUACCCGCUCUACUCGUGCUGGGAGGCCUGGCCCGGGAAGGGCAUGCGCAAGGUCUACACCACUGUGCUCUUCGCACACAUCUACGUGGCGCCGCUCACGCUCAUCGUGGGCAUGUACGCCCGCAUCGCCCGCAAGCUCUUCAAGGCCUCGGGCCCGGCGCGGGCUGGAGAGGAGGCGGCGGUGGAGGGCGUGCACGGGGCCCGGCGCAAGGCCAGGGCGGUUCACAUGCUGGCCAUGGUGGCGCUGUUCUUCUCGCUGUCCUGGCUGCCCCUCUGGGCCCUGCUGCUGCUCAUCGACUAUGGCCAGCUGAGCGAGCCGCAGCUGCACCAGGUCACGGUCUACGCCUUCCCCUUCGCCCACUGGCUGGCCUUCUUCAACAGCAGUGCCAACCCCAUCAUCUACGGCUACUUCAAUGAGAACUUCCGCCGCGGCUUCCAGGCCGCCUUCCGCGCCCAGCUCUGCCCACCGCAGUGGGGAAGCCACAAGGAGCCCUACUCACAGCGGCCUGGCCAGCUCCUGUGCACGCGGGUCUUCGUGGAGGUGCAGCCCAGUGACUCGGGCCUGCCCUCUGAGUCGGGGCCGAGCAGUGGAGCCCCUGGGACUGCUCGCCUCUCCCUGCGCAAUGGCUGGGUGGCCCACCAUGGCUUGGCCCGGGAGGAUCCCGGCUGCUCCCAUCUGCCCCUCACCAUACCAGCCUGGGAUAUCUGAAUGGAACAGGGUGGGCAGGCCCUUGAACCUGAGGGCCCGGCCUGGACAUGUGAUACCUGGCCAUGACAGCAGCCUGGUGUGGCAUUAGAAGAGGGUGCCAUGUGCCUCUCUCUCAAAUAUACGGCUGUGGGGCCAUGGCUCCUGGUAUCUUUGCUGUUGUUUCCUUCCUCCUCCAGGGAAAGGAGCUAACUUUCCCUGAAAGCCUUCUUUGAGGUAGACUCCAUGAACAUCUUCUCACUGAAUUUUUACGACACUCUAGGAAAGGUAUUCUUAUCCCUGUCUACAGAUGUGAAACUGAGGCCCAGAGAGGAGGUGUGACUAGCCCAGUCUCUCAGCUGAAGUCUCACAGGAGCCUGACUCCAGUACCUGAAUGGAGUUCACCAUCUCCAGCUGUCUCCAGAAGGGGCCAUUAAGGGGGAGCACAGUGAAAUGUGUAAGUGUUACCCGCAGACACUAGAGCAGAAUCCUUGCUUCUUGUCUUCAUGUGUUAAAAGUAUUUAACACUGGAGACUUAGGAGUAUGAGAGCAAGCAGUCACUUUAUUAGAGAUGUGAGGAAAUAGAAACACCUUGAUAGCCAAGGUGGGCUGCUCAAAAGAGAGUCAGCCCUGGGAAGAAUCAGGGUAGCUACUAUUAUGGGGAGCAAAAAUGUUUAUCCAAUAGUUAUUAGGUCAUCUAGCAUGAGUAGGGUUGGUUUUAAUUAGCACAUGUGCAAUUGGACUACAUACAUACAUGUAUGUUGCAAUGGUCAUUUCAUGUAGUAUUAGCAUAUAAAAUCUCCACCCAGGGAUGGGAAAUUUAGUAUUAUAAUGAGCAAAAGGCAACAGAACACCAAAUUUCCCUUAUGCACAUGUCUCAAGUUGUUUUUCUCAGUCCAUUGAUUAUCUGACCAAGUGGUCUCUAAACCUAGGACACAGUGGCUGUGAAACUUGUUAAAACAACAGGUUGACAUGAAACACAAGACGUACUGGAGCCUUACAGAGCCAGUGGUCCAAGUCACAGACAUUUUGUCAGGACUUAUGUGGGGUUGGACUGGUCUCCAUUUUUUUUUACUUAUCUCAUAAAUUCUAAUUAAGCAGCUGGGAAGAAGCAAAAUGCAAAUCUGGCCUGUCCAUUUGAUGCUUUGUGUCCGUGCCCUGGAGUCCUUCAUGUGUUACUGAAACCUCUCCCGUUGCCCCUUUCCUGGGAGGACGUGGUGUGCUGCCAGCUCUGGGUGGGUUUGUCUUGUUUGGGUAUCCAGGACCAUUCUCUUCUGCAAUGGGACAUCCCAUCUGGCAGCUGUGGGAGGGGUGCUGGGAGCCUGGGUCAGCUGCAGGCAUUCUGGGUCUUGCCCUCUGGGGCUGAGCCCAGAGAAGGGAGAAGGGAGCUCUGUCCUCCCUUCUCCCCUCGCAGAGCCCAGCACCGGCACCCACGCCCAAGCAGGAACUGACAAUUCAGCAGACAGCUGCAAGGCCACGUGGAGGCAUUGGUUUAUUUACUCAUGAACAGAAGGAAAGGAAAGCCACUACCCACUUCAGCCUUUGGAAACACAUCUCCCCACUGGAGCUGCAAGUACAAAGCCUCCUCCAAGGCUUCUUCUCCCUGUUCCCUCACAGGGAGGGGGUGGCAUAGGCCAACCACAGCUGGGGUGCCCUUGGGGCCUCCUGGAGGACAAACACUAAACUCCUGGGUGCAGGUAACUCAUGUACCUAAAGACGGGUGGGGACCAGGAGGCCCCUUGUUUUCUCUGACCCAGCACACCUGAGUCACCUAAGGAAACAAAAAGCUUCUCUCCAGGGUGGGAGGAAAUGGUGAUGCCUGCACAGACCCUGUGAUCUGCAGUGAAGUGUUUUGCAUCUGCAGUGAUGUUUUCCCCUAAUCUUUAGAGAAAACAUAAUGCUGCUAGAAUUUUAGUGAAUAGAAAAGAAACAUUUUCAGGGGUCAGGGCAGAGAACGUAACUCUGAGGCUCCAUUGUUUCCUUAAUCCACUAGCAAUGACUUAACCCUAUUUACUCUUCUCUAAAUCCUGGCUGUAGGGGCAGAAGAAAAUUUCUAAGCAAUUGUAUAGUAUGUUCUCCAAGCAUGUCCUUACACAGUUUCACUUGGUCCAUAUAAAUGUGAUUGAAGGAGAUGUUGCCACUUCAGAAAGUAACCGAUACUCAAAGGGGCCAGGUUACAGGCCACAGAGUGGCAGGGUUUGGAUUAGAAUUUGUCUUCAGAUCAUUUCUUCCCAUGGGGCAAUCUGCCUCUCAAGGAAGAUAGAUUUAGUAUAAUGGGAGGAGAGCUGGAAAUUCCCAGAGGCUUUCUGCCUCAGUGAACCAGUACACUAAUGGAACCAGAAUCCAGAAAUGAAAGUCUGUUGUGUUUACUCUUACAAUAUCCUGCCUGAGUUGUUCUGUGUACAACAUCCUUAACCCAUGUGUUGAGUAGCUGCCAAGACCCGUCAUGACCACACCAAUCCAGAUGUCUGCGGGGGAUGGAUAAGGGUCUCAGGAGAGGGUAUGCCGUCUUGCUCUUCAUUAGCUAGUGCAUGGAUGGGGCCCAUUGCUAGUGCUGUGUUACUGUUAUGUGUCACAUAGGCUGGAGACUUCCCAGCUGUUUAUUGUGAAGAACUUUGCCUCCAGGAUGUACGAAUUGGCGGGAGAAAGGGCCAUCUCAAAUGCAAAUGCUUGUCCCUGUGGCUGCGUGGGAUCUGUCUGGAGACACUGUCUGGCUCUCCUCUGGGGAACCUUUCUCCAUUCGCAUGGCCUCCCCAACCACAAAUUUGCAGCAUUUACAGUGGUGGGAGACCAGGGCGCUCACCUAAGCCAACCCUUCUACCAAGGCACCUUUGUUUUAUUUCUCCCAAAAGAUGCCAUGCUUUGAAAUAUUGGACCUCCCCAAAAAACUACACUAGGUCAUAAUUCAUAUAUUUUGCUGCUAUUUUUUUAUUUAUUUAAAAAAACAAUCAAAGGCUAUGCCUGCUCAUUUAGAGAUUUUUCUCUGAAUAGUAGCAGGCAUGACUUGAUUUCACGAUGAAGUGGGUACCAGUGGAAUGUUCAUUUUGUAUGUAUUUGGUAAAAUACACGCAACAUAAAUUUACCAUUGUUACAAUUUUUAAGUGUACAGUUCAGUGGCAUUAAGUGGAUUCACACUGUUGUAUAACUAACCUCACUGUUGAUUUCCAGAAAUUUUUUAACAUCCCAAAAGUGCAACUCUAUCCAUAAACAAUGACUCCCUAUUCUUCCCAGCCCUGUUAACCACCAUUCUACUUUCUGGCUCAAUGAAUUUGACUACUCUGAGUACCUCAUACAAGUGGAAUCAUACAGUAUUUGUCCUGUUGUGAUUGGCUAAUUUCAUUUAGUAUAAUGUCUUCAAGAUCCGUGGUGUAGUAGAUGUCUGAAUUCCUUUCCUUUUUAAGACUGGAUAAUAUUCUAUUGCAUGCCAUAUUUUGUUUAUCCAUUCAUCUGUUGGUGGACAUUUGGGUUGCUUCUUGUUUUGACUGUUGUGAAAAAUGUGUGGAGUUUUAAGAUAUUGGAAGUAGUUCCUGAAAAUAGUGCUUGUGUGAGCCUUGAGGACAGAGACCCUAGGUUGGAAACCCAGGAUCUCUCCCAACUUAGCAUAUGGAAAACAAAGCAGAGACUCCAGGAAAGCUGCAAUUCAUCCCACUCCUCUUUGCCCACCAACCACUCAGAGCUUCUUUUUCUGGGCUUUACUUCUUGACUUGAGUGGCUAGAAAAUUGUGUGUUUCCUCUAUGGGAUGGUAUUUUAUGAAGCUAUUUUUAUAAUUAUAGCUUUAUUAUCCUCACCGGAGAGCUGUGUCCUGACACCAGGGCUCUGUCAGAAGCCUUGUCCAGCUUCUCCAGGGUAUGAGAUAGUAAGCAAUGCAGCCUCCUCCUGAAGUACCACCCUGUCUGCGGGCUGCUCGGGUCUCCUGAGGUGACUGCCCUUUCACAGGCAGGAAGUUUGGAGAUGAAUUGAAGAGGCCUGUUGACGCCGGGCACCCCCACCCCAGAAGGGACUAUGUGUCCCGUCUUGCCACAUGCAGCAUGAGUGGUGAUUCCAAUCAUGGAUCUCCAUUGAUCAAUAGCCCCUUGACUUCACCAUGACCACGCAGCACUCAACAGACCAAUGUGAGCUGGAGGCAGGCGCCCCACCUGGACCCCACAAACCACAAUCUGUCCAGCCCUAUGCUGAGGACUUUAUCCUGGGAGGAUGCAUGAGUUGCUUUGGGUUGGAAUGGAGGGCAGUGUUGGCAAAGUAGGGUGAGAGCCCCCCUAUCAUUAGUCUACUGUGUAUUCAUCCAGAAUCCAGAUGAGAGCCAAACCAAGGACUGGAGGGACAAAGCAUUGCUAUUAAGCUCUGUACCUUUUUUGCAUCCACCUCCUCAGCUCACCCCUUAGAAGUGCCACUGAGGAAAGAUAGAUGAGAAGGAGGUGACCCAAAUGGGCCUCAUUACAAGCAAACAAUGUUGAAUCAACAAUAGACUCCUUGUUGAAUAUCCCAAUUAUUUAUGUUAAUGGUAUUUUAUUGUUGGGUUUUUUUCCUCUCUCUAUACAAACACUCUGUGAUCAUUGAGAAAGUUUUACAAAAUUUAGAUAAGCAAAGAGAAGAAAAUAAAAAGCACCCAAAUCCCACCACAGCAAAUAAUCUUAGAGUCACAUUUAAAAUGUAAAAUUUUGCAACAGCUUUAUUUAGCAUAAUUUGCAUAUGAUAAAAUUCACUUACCUUAAGUGUACAUUUCGAUGAGUUUACCUGUUGCAUACAUUUGUGUAACCGUCACCACACUCAAAAUAUUUUCAACAACUCCAAAAAAUUCCCUCCUGCCAAUUAGUAGUUACUCCUUUCCCUGACUCCUGGCCCCAGAUAACCACCCAUCUGAUUUUGGUAUGUCAUGUACAUGGGACCAUACAGUGUGUAGCUUUUUGAAUCUGGCUUUUUUCACUUAGCACAAUGUUUUUGAGAUUCAUCUGUGUUGUGGCAUGUAUCAGUUAUUUGUUCCUUGUUAAUCCUGAGUAGUAUUUUGUUGUAUGGAUAUAUCACAUUUAAUUUGUCCAUUCAUCAGGUAAUAGGCAUUUAGGUUAUUAUCAGUUUAUUUAUUUAUGAAUCAUAAACAAUGCUGCUAUGAAAAUUCAUAUACAAGUCCUUAUAUGUGUGUUUGUUUUCAAUGCUCUGGGUAAAUACCUAGGAGUGGGUUUGCUGGGUUGUGUGGUAAGUGGAACAAACUGUGCAACAAACGGCCCAAGUGUUUCACCAAGUGGCUGAACAUUUUGUGUUCCCAUCAGCAGUGUGUAAGAGUUACUAUGCAACACAUAGUAUAUCGGCCUCAAAAAUUUCCCUGACGGCUAGUGAUGCUGGACAUCUUUUCUUAGUAUGUUUAUUGGUCAUUCUUAUAUCUUUUAUUGUAAAGUGUUUUCAAAUCUGUCUACCUUUGAAAACUAUGAAUAUAUUGUGGUACAAAAACUUGCCCCAAAUCUGAAAGGAACUUACCACUAAUAGAUGAUUUUUAAAUCCAUUCUUGAUGGGUUUAAAGCAAAAUAAGUAGAUAGAAUGGGAUAGAAGGUGAGAGGGCUAUUUUAAUAGGUGGUUAGGAAUGGCUUCUGAGGAGGUGGUAUUUGAGGACAGAUAGGAAUGAAGUGAGAGAGGGGGGCCAUGUGAAUAGCUGAGAAAGAACAACCCAGAUAGAAUAUCAUGUGCAAAGGCACUGAGAUAGGAGAGAGAUCAAUAAAAAUGGAAUAAAUACAUAUAAACAUGGAACAGAAUUUCAGUAGUUACAUUUCCGGUCAACUUGAAACAUUUACUAAGUCCUGUUAAAAGCCAGGCACAGUACUAAGUGCUUUGUCUGUUAUAUAUUUCUCAUAACUAUAAGCUCCAGAGGACAAUAGCUCUGUCAAUUUCACUCAUCUUUGUAGACUUAGAUCUAGGAUAUUGCCUAGUACAUGGGAGGCACUCAAUAAGUAUCUGUUGAAUGAAUGAAAUAAUGAAAUAAGCAGGUGUUUGUUAUUAUCCCCAUGUUAUAUAUGGAAAAACCAAGUCUCAAAGAAGUAACUUAAUGAACAUAACUAGAUGGAGAAACCAAGUCUCAAAGAAGUAACUUAAUGAGCAUAACUAGAUGGUGCUGAAGCUGAGACUGAAAUCUUGGUCAUCUGACCAAGAAGCCCAGAUUUCUGCAACUCUCCUGAGCUGCUGUGGAUUCUCCUUCCUAUAUUUGGGAAAUUGAGGUUCAGAAUAAAACAAAGGAACUUGAUGAAGGUCUCCUUUAAUCCUAAAAAUAAAACCAGCCAACCACAGGCUCCAGUCUGUUGUUUGGGCCAGAAGACCAUAUUUCCAUCACAUUCAGUGGCUUCCAAAGCUUUGAGAUAGAAGGAAUACCAGCAGUUUAAGAAAAAGGUGUAUGUUUAGUUUGACCCAGCACCACAUCAAGCCUAUAUGGCAGCUGUUGGCUGAAAGAAAUCAUCCUUUUGAUACCUCUGCCUCAUAGCCAUUGAUGGGGCAAAAGCUGCCCAGCUGGCUGUAAUGUCCUGCCUGGAGUUGUUUGCCAGCUGCAAUGCCCAUGCCUUGGAAUCCCAUCACCAACAAAUGCUGCUGUUGUCAUGUGCAGGCAACCAAAUUAAUGUGGGUGGAAAAACCCAAGCUUAGUGAUUUGGGCAAAUUAGUUUAUCUGUCACAUAGCCAGCAGUGGUGUUAAAUCACUCUCUGUUUGAGGAGUAAUCCCUCCCCACCUCACUCUGUCUCCCUCUCUGCGGGGAGGGUAGAAUAGCCAAAGCCAAGCUGUUUUCGUGACAGGGCAUCCUAUGUUCACGUGUUUUGGCCAUCCCCCGGUAAGAGCAUUUUGCAUAGUGUAUUUUGUUCAUUCAUAGUGCUGUCUGGCUGUCCUUUGAAGCCACCUCUACUGAUCAUAACCACCCCUUCAUUCUUCUCUAGUCCACGUCUUUGGAAAAUGAUUC